AUGACUCACAUAGAGAAUAUUCCCGAGGUGAACCUUGCAACACUUACUCAUCCAUGUAUUUCCAACCAAAAUGGGACGUACUGGUUUUAUGAAAAGUCAGCAGAAUCAUUCCCUGGUCAAGCAUUUGCAUUAGAGAUAAAUAAGAUCUUGUACCAUACAAAGACAAUCUACCAAGAUAUUCUUAUAUUUGAAUCAAAAACCUUUGGCAAUGUGCUUGUUCUUAAUGGAAUUAUUCAAUGUACCGAGAAGGACGAAUUUGCAUAUCAAGAGUUGAUAACUCAUGUGCCAAUAAUGGCCCAUCCAAACCCUAAGAAGGUAUUGGUUAUUGGUGGUGGAGACUGUGGUGUUAUUCGAGAGUUGAUAAAACACGUUGAAGAUGAUACCGUGGAAGAAAUCACUAUGGUAGAAAUUGACGAUAUGGUAAUUCAAUUACUGUGCAAGUUCUUACCAUCCAUGGCAUACCAAAUCCGUCACCCCAAGGUCAACUUGAUUAUUGAUGAUGGGUUUAAAUAUUUAAAGGAAACAACCAAGAAGUUUGAUGUUAUAAUCACCGACUCGUCUGAUCCUGAAGGACCAGCGGAAGAAUUUUUCCAGAUUAACUAUUUUAAAUUAUUAUUAAAUGCAUUGAGUAUAAAUGGUAUUGUGAUUAUGCAAUCCCUGGAAAAUAUAUGGUUAAAUUUAGCAUACCUCAAGGAUUUAAUCUACAAGGCAAAACAAGUGUUUAACAAUGUGCAAUAUUGUCAAUGUUAUAUGCCCAGUUAUACUUCAGGACAAUUAGGAUUGAUUAUAGCUUCAAACAGUGAAGGUGAUUUAACCAACCCUAAAGUAAAAUGUUCAAGUAUUAUAAUCAACAAAUCCACCACAGUUCCUUUGUGUUGCCAACUUGGGCAAGUAAUUAUUUACGUGGGUAAGCAAAAAAAGGUUUAG